CUUCAGAAUUGCCGACGCCCCGCCCCUGCGCGCCGAUUGGUUUGGUAGCCAGUUCGGUGCUGCACAGGGAAGACCUGGAGAAGCGGAGUUUGCCCAAGGAAUGGGCCCCUGCGGCACUACUGCGCAUGUUUGAGCCGUGACCCUAACUUGAGGUGACUGCCCGAACUGAGGCGGGGGCCUGGGGCACGGAAGCUGAGGGACUUGCCACGGCUCGGUCGUCGGAGAGGGAGGGCUCCGCUGCCGUCGCCGCCCGACCGGUGCCUGGACAGAGCCCUGGACUGCCAAGUUCGUUGCCAGGGAAGAAGAGGAAAAAUCCAUCUGCUGGGGCCUGAGUGUGGCCUUGGGGACAGGCCAUUGGUCCCGAAAUGCCCCUGCCUGAGCCGAGUGAGCAGGAGGGCGAGAAUGUGAAGGCCGGCCAGGAGCCAUCCUCUGAGUCCCCUGAGACGGGCACAGAUGUCGUCCCCGCAGCCCCCAGGAAGCCCAGGAAGUUCUCCAAACUGGUCCUGCUGACGGCCUCCAAAGACAGUGCCAAAGUGGCCGGGGCCAAGCGCAAAGGAGUGCACUGUAUCAUGUCCCUGGGGGUGCCCGGCCCUGCCACCCUCGCCAAGGCCCUCCUCAAGACCCACCCUGAGGCCCAGCGGGCCAUUGAGGCGGCCCCUCAGGAGCCGGAGCAGAAACGCAGCAAGCUGGACACAGACGGAAAAGAAGACGGAAAGUUGGCAGGGUGGCCUGCCCCCCGUCCUGCAGUGGACAGGGAGGAGUCCACCAUGGGGCCCCGUGAGGCCCUGUAACCCAGACAACAGCAGGCGCAACCAUGGUGGGUCAGUGAACUUGGCUGUGACUUCUGCUUGGGGCCCUGUCCCUGACUGAUUUUCAUUCUCAGCAUUGUGUAAUUUUUUUCAGCUCAAAGCAUAGGUUACUUUUGUAAGCAGAGGAAAAAAAAAUUCAAAACAGAGAAUAAAAGAAGCUGUAUGCUAGAUCCCAUUGUGGGAUUGUGAAACUUCCAAGAUUCUGGAUGCUCUGAGGCCCAGCUCCAACACCACCACCCCUGGGCACCUCCACCUCCCCUCCAGGCCUCACCUGGCUCUUCUUCCCCAGAGCUGCCUGCGCUGGGCCAUCUCUCAGACCCAGGGGGGCUCAUGGAGGCCUCCAUCUUCCAUGGCCUCAUAUCCCUGGCUAUCCUCAGCCUGGAAUACCAACCCCUGGCCCAGAGACUACGUGGGGUCUCUGAAGUUCCCCUUCCUACUGCCUUGGUCUGAAAGGGGGGCAGUGGGACCUCCAGCCCUAACCCCCCAGGAAGCUGAUCUAGCCCCUCCCUGACUCUCCUUCCAGGGCCGGUCUCCCUACUGGAGCCUCAGAAAACUCACCUCCUCUAGGCAGCCACACGGGACUGACAGCGCCCCUGCACAGGAGCUCUGCUGUCAUGGUGGCCCAGGGUUCUGCUGAGGAGGGGGUGGGCCUACAGUCUAGCGGUGGGGACCAACAGAAGUUAAUGGUACUCCUAUCAUGUUCCUUCUGGAUGGUUUGGGAGCUGAGGGAGAUGCCUGGGAACCUGAGCCCCUCUCCAGGCUCUGAGUGCUGCCCCUGCGGGAGAAGGAGGUGAAGUUCCCCUCUAACCUGAAGUCAAGGUCCCCCCCAACCCUGGAAGCUUUCACUAGAAAGGCUUCAGCCUUGUGUAGUCCUUAUUCUUUGAAAACAGCCACCAGGUGCAAGGAAACGGAUUAUUUUUAAACUAUAAAGUUUAGUGGCCUUAUGUUUUGGGUUUUUUUAAGGAGGGCACAGCUCACAGUGGCCUAUGUGGGGAUCGAACCGGCAACCUUGGUGUUAUUAACACCACACUCUAACCAACUGAGCCAACCCGCCACCCCUAGAGGCCUUAUGUUUUGAAAUAUUUUUUAAAUAUAAUCAGUGUGGACUCCCUCUUAGGAGAAUGAGGUACUCAGUAUGUUUUUCUUGCCAGCUCUCCAUUUUGCUGUUAUUUUUACAGAACGUUUGUUUGUAACAGUUAUAUUCUGUAACCAUAAUUUGAGACCUUCCUUUGUCUUAAUUCUAUAUGUAAAUAGAUUUCCCUUACCCACCACUUUCUCCUUUCCUGAGUUCUGAGUUGUCCUCUUGGUGGGCUGGUUUUGUCCCAUGGUAAGAACACAGGAGGAGUUGCUCAGGAUCUAACGUGUGAUGGUGGAGUGCCACCAGGGGAGCAACUGAAGAAGAGGACAUGAGGCGAGGGGACAGGCAAGGUGACUUCGUGCCACUCAGCCUGGUGUCCAAGCAGCCCUGGCCUGGGGGGUCAGAGGAUUGACUGGCCCAAUCACUGGACAGGGUCCCACUUUAGUAUGGCACCAUUGACUCCUCCUGUUGCUGCUAGAGAAGCCAUGGGUUGAGCUGGCACUCGGGUCCCCAGUGAGGGGGCCUGGCUGACAGGGUGGCCCCUGGAGGCUGCGUGGGGGUAGCAGCAAGGGCCCACCUCCCUCCUGGGGCCUGAGUAACCAGUGACGCCGGUCAAAUUUUGUAAGACAUUUCUAAUGAAAAAAUAUUACAAAUGUCGUACAAAAUAUUACAAGUAUUACAGUAAUCCACCAUCUAGAGAUAAAUCUACAAUCCAUAUUUUUUAUAUUCAGAAAAUUGGGGUGAUAAAGCUCGUACUUUUUCUUAACAGAUUACAAAUGUCUAACAUCCUUUUACUGACUGCACAACAUACUACUACAGGGGUGGGUGAUAGUUCGUCCAACCAUUCUAGUUCAUCCAGCAUCCCUUCUGAUUGCUGGAUGAUCCCAGUUGUUUCCAGAUUGUUAAUAAUCCUUUAAACAGCUUUGGGUUUUCCAAGGACAAAGCUCUAGAAGUAAGAUUGCCUGUGAAUACCUGGCUCUCAGACAUCCUGCCAACACCCGGUACUGUUACUGAAUCACUUCCCCCAAAUUCAGGUUCAUGUGCCCGAUGCACUGGCAAGCCAAAACACUGAGACACCAGUGGCCGGAGAGAGGGAAAGGUUUAUUUGAUUUGGCCAAAGCAAGAGGACCGGCGAGCACUAUCUCUCAAAUCCAUCUUCCUCAAAAAGCAAAAGUUGGGAGUUUUUAUGCAGCUAGGGAGUAAGGGAGCGGGAGUUUCAGGGAACCAAGGCGGGAAGUCUGUGUUUCUUCAAUCACAGAUAACAUUUUGUGCAGCCAGACUCCCGGGCAGCAGCAGUUAGUCUCUACUUUCUUAAAGGCAUUUAUUCCUUCUACAAAACAAACUCAACUCCUCCUUGACAAAGAAAUAGGACGUCAGCAACACAAAAUUAUAUUGUGAGAACAAGGGGUGCUUGGUCGAAGAACCCCAAUUCAGCAAAACAUCUCAUAAUUAUGUAUCAGUGAUGUUAUCUUAAAGCAAAAAGCAGAAACUAGGCAUCUUGUGACAUUAUUUAAGCUAUCAUUGUUUUUGCACUUAACUAGCUAUAUUUUUCUAUUAUCUCAAGCUAAGUGUACUUUUAAACAUUUCUCCUGGAACUUGCUUUAUAAGCAGACCUUCAGAACAUGACUAACAUAUUUUCUUCAUCUUUGACUAUAAGCUACGUACAUGACAACCAAAGUAAUUGAAACAUUUAGUUAAAGCCUAUACCUGUAACUCCAGACUCCACCAUCUAAUACCUAAACAUGUUUAUUGUUAACUGUCGGUUUCAGUACUAUCAUUAAAAAGAAAAUAAUAAUAGUACCCACCACUUCA